UUUGGUCUCAGAGAGGACUUUGAAACUGGUUCUUAGUAGUUGGGUCUCAUUUUUAUUUUGACAGAUUUGGGAGGCAGCAGAUGCCCCAUUCUCGAGAUUUCCUUAAUUCCAGUCAGUUGGUAGCAUGAUUUGAGUGAGAGCUUUUUAGUGAAGCUACUGGGUUAAGAUAGCUCAAGGGAUGGAUGAAGCUGCCCGAGAUAAAAAGAAAUGUGGCGUCGGAGCAGAGAAGAGGUGUCGGGAAUGAGGGGGUCAAGAUGAUCUAUUAGUUCAUAUUUCAGGUUUUCCUGUACUAGGUACCGUCCCCAAACUAUGUAAGCUUGAGGUCUGGGCUUCUUUACAUAACCUCAAUGUUAACCUUUACUUAAGUUGGGAAGUGGGAGAAGCGUCUGUGCCAGCCAGACCUUAGAUUCUGCAACUGCUCCAGGCUCCACACUGCGGUUUUCCACCAUCAACAUAUAAAGCAACUCAGGUCCGCACAGCUGACCUCGCACUCCUUUGCAGAUGCAUGGGCAUGGAGGCUAUGACUCUGAUUUUAGUGAUGAUGAGCAAGGCGGAGGCUCCAGCAAAAAGAGGAAAAAGACAGUCGAAGAUGAGUUGCUGCUUACAAAACCGUUUCAAAAAGAAAGGCAUGGAAAGGUGGCCCAUAAACAAGUUGCCGCAGACUUGCUCGACAGGGAAGAAGCAAGAAAUAGAAGGUUUCAUCUCAUAGCUAUGGAUGCUUAUCAAAGGCACACCAAGUUUGUAAACGACUAUAUUUUGUACUAUGGUGGCAAAAGAGAGGACUUUAAGCGGUUGGGGGAAAAUGAUAAGACAGAUCUGGAUGUUAUACGAGAAAAUCAUAGAUUCCUUUGGAAUGAGGAGGAUGAAGCAGAUAUGACUUGGGAGAAGAGACUUGCAAAGAAAUACUAUGAUAAAUUAUUCAAGGAAUACUGCAUAGCUGAUCUCAGUAGAUACAAAGAAAAUAAGUUUGGAUUUAGGUGGCGAAUAGAAAAAGAAGUAAUUUCAGGAAAAGGCCAGUUUUUUUGUGGAAAUAAAUGUUGUAAUGAAAAAGAAGGCCUGAGGAGCUGGGAAGUCAACUUCGGUUACACUGAGCACGGUGAAAAGAGAAACGCACUUGUUAAAUUAAGAUUAUGCCAAGAAUGUUCCUUUAAAUUAAAUUUUCAUCACAGGAGAAAAGAAAUCAAGUCAACAAAGAAAAAGUCUAAAACCACACCUGAGUGUGACGAGUCACCUCGUAAGAAAUCCAGAUCGCCAUCUUCAGAGGAAGCUUCCAAGGGGAAGGAUGAAGGACAUUCAUCUUCAAAGAAGUCAGAAGAUUCUAGAAACAGAAACGCUGAGGAGGAAGACAGUGCUUCAGACUCUGAGCUCUGGAAGGGUCCGCUGCCAGAGACAGAUGAGAAGUCCCAGGAAGAAGAAUUUGAUGAUUAUUUUCAGGAUUUGUUUCUGUGAACUGGGAGAGAGAACCUUAUUCCUUGGUGAGGAGAUGUACAGAGACACUCGGUGAGUGUGUCCAUGUUGUUGAGUCUGGACAGCCACUGGGAUAGAUCCUUCAGCAGCACGGGACAUUUCAGACAUUUCCUCCUUCACUUACGUGGCUUCUUGGCUGCUUAUCUAAAACCUGGUUUUGGCUCUAGCUCUGCAGUUUAUGGUAAACUUGUUUCAAGUGUCAUUUGAACAUGGAGUGAUUGGCAUUGAGCUGUAAAUAAACUAUUUAGUGUCUUAUUCUAAAAUGUCAGAAUUUUUCCUUUCAUUAAAUAAUUGUUAUUAACUUAUUCUGUGAGUGCUCACCAGGCUUCUGGUGUGCAUGAGCCGCUAUGCUGAGCACUGCUUUAAAGGAGCUAUUUUGAAAGUCAUUUUACAAUCCUUUUUGAACUAUCAGAAAGUAGUAAAAUUAUUGCCAGUGUACCAGUGUUAAA